UAUAGAACCGCCGCGCCAGCAGCAGCAGUCCAUUGCGCUCCAUCGCCGCCCAAAACUCACCGUUGCCGGAGGUCUCGUUAGUCUCAGUCAGCCUCUAGUAUCUGUUCGCUGUCAAGUCCGAUCCGAUCGGCGACCGGUUCACUAUCAAUGACGGACUCCAAUUCCAUUCCCAGCUCCGCUCAUCCGGCUUAUACGGAGAUCGUCGUCGUUCGUCACGGCGAAACGGAGUGGAAUGCUGAUAGAAGGAUUCAGGGACAUGUCGACAUUGACCUAAAUGAAGUUGGGAGACAACAAGCGGCUUUGGUGGCUGAUCGACUAUCCAAAGAACCUGAGAUUUCUGCUGUAUAUUCUUCCGACUUGAAACGAGCCUUUGACACGGCACAAGCAAUUGCUGAUAGAUGUGGUGGUAUUGAGGGUGGUGGUGAGAGUCUUGAUAAAUUAUAUGAGCGUUCCGCAUGUUCUUUUCAAAGAAUUGCAGCGAAACAUCGAGGUGAGCGAGUGGUCGUGGUGAGUCACGGAGGCACCAUCAGAUCACUACACAAGCGAGCUUGCCCUAACGGGAGGCCUGCAAAGACACUGAAUACUUCUGUGCACAUCUUUCGCAUAUCCGAUGGAGACGAGUGGACCAUAGAAUCUUGGGGUGAUGUUAGCCAUCUCAACCAAACGGGAUUCCUGGAGUCUGGUUUUGGUGGUGACAGAACCUCUGGUUAGCUGCACUUAGAACCAACCCCUCCUCCUACCAAGGAAGUAAACUCGUCAUACUACAACGGACAGCAACCCAAUGAUGUGAUGAAAGAGAUUUUACACUUGUACCGAUAUUUAUCGUUGUUUGAUGGAUCGUAGCUGGCUGAUAUCUUGUAGUGGUAUCGGCAACUGCAAGUCAUCGACUUUUUAAGCUGUAUUUUAGCACCUCAAAGCUUUUCACUUUCGAGACUCCAUUGGACGGGAAGUUGACACUACGAAGCAAUGGGCAAUGGCAAAACCUGAGGUAAGGUGAAGGGUAAUUAUGUAUUUUUAGCCUAGAAUACAUCGAGUUUGUAUAUGUGAAUGGAAGAAUACGUGUAACGUCGCAGUAGUAUUUAGUUUGGAGGGAUUAUAAUGGCGGGUCUGCAAAAAUUGCAGACAUUGUUGAAUUUUUUUUUUUCAAGUAACUCCAAAGAUUUCUGGAAUUCAUG